AUGUCUUUCGUAAAGAAAUUUCGAUGCUUACAAAUCACAUUAUUUCUUAGUACUCAUCGAUCCCUAUCUCUAUGCUCACCUACGACAUUUUUAGUACAUUCUUACUGUCAGCUGCCUUUAACUACUUUGCCCGAAAUUCAUAAGAGAAAUUUAAAUGAGAAAGUACUAUCAACUUGUUCUCAACUUAAGAGUGAUAAACUUGAUCUGAAUCCACAGUCUGAAUCACUACCAUAUCAGUUACCUGGUUCAUUAGCUGAUCAAACAGAUACAAGUGCUGUUAAUGUAGGAUGUGAAAAAUCCCAAGCACUUGGAAGUACCUCAGUUAAUAAAUGGGUUCCUAAUCCUCUAGUAACAUCGUCAUCGUCGUCAUUCUCACCACCAACACCAUGCCCAACUACAGUGGAUCUAGUUUUAACUCAACCACCUGCUGUCCUACUUUUCAAACAUUAUGCAUCAAUCGUUGCAGGUCUUUCAAAGGCUCGUCUUACAGGUUUAGUUGUUUCAACUGCUUUAGUCGGUUGUGGCUUAGCAGCAUCUACUAGUAUGGUAUCACCUGAAUUCCUAGAAAAUUGUUAUUCGACUACAAUUUGUUUAGCUCUUGGAACUACACUAACCAGUUCUGCUGCAAAUUCAAUCAAUCAAAUUAUCGAAAUUCCUUACGACAGCCAAAUGACUCGCACACGAAACCGUGUACUCGUUCGUGGUUUGAUCACACCCGGCAGAGCAGCUCUUUUUGCACUGGCUUGUACUGGAUCUGGACUAUCACUGCUUUAUUUCGGUGUAAAUCCUCUUGUUACUUCAUUGGCUGCUGUAAAUAUGUUAUUGUAUACAUGUAUAUAUACACCAUUGAAACAGAUUAGUCAGGUUAAUACAUGGGUUGGAGCUUGGGUUGGUGCUAUACCUCCAUUGAUGGGUUGGGCUGCAGCUACUGGACAGUUACAGUGUGGUUCAAUAAUCCUAGCAUGUUUGCUAUAUGUAUGGCAAUUUCCACACUUUAUGGCACUCAGCUGGAAUAUGCGUAGCGAAUAUUCCAAAGCUGGUUACGCAAUGACAUCUAUCAUCAAUCCGGAUUUAUGCAAACGAGUUGCUUUACGUUAUUCAAUAGCAUCAAGUUUAGUUUGUUUAGCUGGUGCUGGUUGUAGUGCUCUAAGUUUAGGACCAUGGGCUGGUUGUGCAUUAGGCAUUGGUUCAUUGCCAGCUAAUAUAGGUUUAAUUUAUUAUGCAUGGAAAUUCGCUAAAUCCAAUUCAAAUGUUACUGAUGGAAGUUCUGCUGCUGCAAGACGUUUAUUUCGAGCAACAUUAUUUCAUCUACCUGUAGUUAUGAUCACUGUAUUAUUGGGUUCUUAUUGUUCUAUCAAUUCUGGACAUAUGUAG